AUGCCUACCGGCCAAAAUAACAUGAAAUGGCAAAAACCCAAUUCUCCAUCUGAAGGAAGUCAUAACAUACCAUCCUACUAUGGAGAGACAGGUCCGUAUGAAAGGUACCCCAACUCCGAACCCAAGAAUGGGGAUUCUGGUACUCAUCCAUCACAAACCCAUCCACUCCCACAACCAAGACCUUCCACCACCGCCUAUCAACUCCCACCUUAUCAACUACCUCAACAACACCAACUCCCAGGAAUAGCUCCACUAGGAAUAGGCCAGAUAUAUGAAUACAGACUCCCAGUACAAGGCCAGGAAAUGAUGGUUCCAGCAGCACCUCCUACCAUGGGUCCUAGCUAUGGGUACUCUCAUAAAUAUAUGGGCCAGCCACCUCGACCUGAAUCAAAUCGAACUUCCAAACCACGGGAUUCUCCACCAGAUAACCUCCGCCCUCCAACCAGCUCAGCCCUGUCACCGGGACUGGCCAAGGCUGGCAGAAACCCCACCAAGCGAUCCCGAAUGGGUUGCAUUACCUGUCGACAGCGGAAAAAACGCUGCUGUGAAACCAGACCAAAGUGCACCGAGUGCUCAAGGCUUCGAUUGAACUGUGCAUGGCCUACACCGGGAACUGAACAUAAGAACAAGUCCAAAGAGCUUAAAGAGGAGGAGAAUGUAAUGCACCACGAGAUAUACGGAAAAAUCAAGGUUCUCAGGGGUAUAGUGGAGUACAAGAGUGAUGAAGAUCCGGCGAACAUGCAGUAG